CUCCAAAUGCGAGACCUUCAGAAUUCAGCAUCAUGUCCGCAUUGCGAAAACAAUGAUUCACAUUACAAUGACGAAUCGCCAAAGCAACACUUUUUUGAUCCCCCGUUUUACGGCCGACCGAUGUUAGUCCCGCCGUCACCAUCACUGGGCACACUUUUACGGACAUGGUCAACAACCCCGGAAAACGAUGGAAUUGACAUUUCUGGUCCGGAUCAAAAGGACUGGGACAUGAUGGUGAAAGUUCCUACUUACGAAUACUACGGAUUUGUCCUGUAUCUAGUGUCGUUAAUAUCGUUUGGACUAUACAUCGUUUGGGCAAUGACACCAGACUGGAUUUUAAAGUCUCUUGAAAUACAUUACUAUCUUUCACGCUGGUGGGCGUUGGCCGUUCCUUCAUGGUUAGUGGUUUUGCUAGUGUUCAUAUACGUUUCACUGAAUCUGCACAACACUGAGGUUCUGACCCGUCCUUUAAGCAGUAUCGAGUGCAUUGUCGACCAAUAUGCAUCUGUUGGCACCGAGGAUGGUGCUUUGAAUGGACGAGUGGUUGACCAGCGGCUUUCUGAAGUCAAUGAGUUGCUUUACCAAAAUGAGUGAGACGAACAUCAUACACCCAAUCGACUUUCCUUCCAUUUUGUUUAUUGUUCCGUGAAACUCGCAGUCUGACUAUUAAGCCACCACUUUCAUUGUCAUUGAUUGACAACCCCUUUCUUUUCCGUCGCUCUUAUCUCACUGUUCUUUUACCAUGCAACUGGAAACCAGUCGUUAAUGGCUCCUAUUGCCUAUGCCUGCCAUGUCUGCAUUUCUUCACUUUUUUUUUCGCUGCAUUUUCUACCCCUCUUUCCAUAAAACAUGAGCCACUCAUUAAUGUCACUGAUACUUUUAAACGAGCAAUUGUAACGUGUCGACGUAAACUGUUCAGUUUGAUCUAAAAGUGCAACAAGAAAAGUACUGGACGGCCCCUUUGAAAAUAAAGGCUCGUUAUAAACAUGCCCAGUUACAGAACUUCACGUGGAGAUAAUAAUUUGUCUCCGCUUAAUUUUAUUGUUGCUAAUAUUACCGAUCACUUAAUUGAUUGGAUUUUUACUUGUUCUUAUACAUCUUUAAACAUUACUAUGUCAAACGAAAAAGAAAAAGAAAUCAAUAGAAAAGAGAAAGCAUGGGACUUUAAACCACCCAUCAUUGCUCCUUAAAAUGAUCGUGAGAAAACGAAAAUAUCUCAGUAGUAUUUUAUUUCUUUGUAAUGAAACUGGCCUUUGUCACAAAGAACACAACCUCGCCAAAGCACAUUUUCGUUAAUACAGAUUUAAGUAAGCCAACUAAAGGUUAUCUAAGCGAAGAUGCUUCCCAAAGAUAACCACCAUAGUCCAUGU